CGUUAUCUAAUCUCCGCCCCUUUCCGCUCUGUGUUGUGCAAGCUUGUUGCAGAAGCAAACUGAGUGCUACACGGAACACAGGCGUUGCAGGUUGAGACGCAACAAUGGGGGUGACAGUUAAAGUCGAAUACUGUGGUGGAUGAGGAUACGAACCCCGCUAUCGGGAGCUCGCUCACGCUGUAAAGAACGAGUUUCCCGAGGCGGCUGUGUCAGGUUUCGUGGGAAGAACAGGAAGCUUUGAGAUUGAAAUCAAUGGGCAGCUGGUCUUUUCCAAGCUUGAAACUAGUGGCUUCCCAUAUGAGGAUGAUAUCUUGGAUGCAGUACAGAAGGCUAAUGAUGGGAAACCUGUGCAGAAGAUCACCAAAAGUCGCCCACCUUGUGUCAUCAUGUAAACUACUUCCCUCUGCCCUGCUUCAACAUCAGUAGCAAUAGGAAGGGCAAGUAUACCAGCUGGGAUGAAGCACCAUGAUGCUGCUCUGCCUUCUGUCUCCUCUCUCUGUUUCUAGUGGGUACUUCAGGCUGUUAAUGAUUACUGUACCUGAAAAUAAAAUGUUAUGGUAUGAUGAAUAUAUUCCUGGACUUCCUAGCACUAUAGGAGCAGAGACAAGGAGAAGUUAUGGCAGAAAGAGUAAAAGGAGCCCGCUUCAAAUUUCCUGUAACCUCUUUGCCUGGCAUUCUACAACUGCCUACAUGUCUUUUUAUUUGUAUGUUUUUUUUCAAAAGUUUUGUUUUUUUUUGGUUAAAUAUUCAGUGAACCAUUUUUAAUGACUGCAAAAAAGAGCAGUGUUUCAUACAAUUUCUUAGAAAGGGAAAUAAAUUACGUCACCAUGCCACUAAAUGCUCAAUAAUUAAAUGAAUUUAACUGAAAUCUGGCAACUCUGUGUACAGGGUUCAUAUGUUUACAACAAUAUUAAAAAUGCACGCAGCAACAUGAGCUCUGCCAAGUAUUUAAAUUUGAAUCCAUUGUUUUUCCAUCACUUUUGGGUUGCAAGAAUUACUGCCAUUCAUACCGGACCAUCACUCACUGGUCUAUCCUACCCACAGUGAAAUGACGUUGGCUUAUUUUCAACAAGGCAUUUUAAUUUGUAUUUUCAGAUGUCAAAAGUAAAAUUUGAAUAAAGGCAAUGAUUGUUAAAGUA